AUGGGUUCCGGUUUAAGUCGUAAUAGAAAAGUCAAUAGGCAAAUUCAAGUUUCAUCAGCAUCACAAGGAAGAACACGAACACCUUCACCUCCAGUGGUAAUAAGAUCUGUUAAUUAUACUCGAAGACCAUAUUCAUCUCAACCGUCACCAUGGUUACCGAAAAGACAUAAACGAAAUUCACCACCAAAUUCGAGUUUAGGACAAUACACAUCUAUAUGGGAAUCAAAUGGAAAGUUAUCAUCAAAGUUUGAACAAUUAAUUAAAUCUGGAUCAACAAAUAUUGAACAUGAUCAAAAAGAAACAAAUAAUAAACAUUUAGUAACAAAACAUUCAAGUAAAUAUGAAUCAGCACAAGUUCAAUCAAAAUUAACAAGUCAAUUUGAAUCAAUUCAUAAUUUAUCAACAUCAGAAAUAUUAGAUACAUUAAUGAAUAAUUUAAAACAAACUCAUACAGAUUUUGAUCAAACCGUUCAACGUCGAAUUCAACAAAUAACAUCACAAACAGAAUCAGUUCUUGCACAAAUUGUUCAAGAAACUCAAAAAAGUCAACAAGAUUUAUUAAUUCAAGCUAAAGAACAACAAAUUAUUGAAGAUGAACAAUAUAGAUUAUUAUUAGAAGAAUUUGUUGCUAAAUUAGAUGAAAAAAGAGCUAAACAAUUAGCUUUAAUACAAGAACAACUUAAAGAACAACGUUUACAAAUUUUUAAUGAAUCACAACUUAAAAUUCGUGCAGUUAGUGAACAAGCUAAUUCAAUUAAAAAUCAAAUUAUGUCCGAAGAAGAAAGGGCAGCUUCAGAAAAAAUUGAUUCAAUUGUUAAUGAAAUAAAUUCAAUUUCAACUGAUUCAGCAAUUCAACAUUUAGGAACACAAAUAAAAACACAAAUUAAUUUAACUCUUUAUGAAAAAGUUGGAUCAAAUAAAUCUGAUAAAGAAUUUCAUUUUGAUGAAGAUGAUCAACAAAUAAAAAAUGAUAAUAAUGAACGUAUAUCAAAAAGAACAAUAUUUAUUUCUAAUCAAUCUUCAAAUCAGAAUCCAUCACUACAUCAUACAUCAACCAAAUCAUCUGAUUGUCAAAUGACAAAAAUUAGCCAAUUAGUUAAACAAAAUCCAUUAAACUAA